AUGAGAAAACCAGUACCAAUACUUAAAACGUUUGAAAUAGAAGUUAAUCCAGACGGAAUAGCUAUUUUAACCUUGAAUAGACCUAAACGCGCAAACGCGUUGAAUUACGAACUCUUACAAGAUUGGAUUAGCUCGAUUAAGUGGGCAAAUGAAGAAGAACAAGUUAAAAUCGUCAUUGUAACAGGAAAAGGAAAUUUUUUUUGCAGUGGAUUGGAACUACCUAAUGUACCUAGCGAUAUGGAAGAACUGAAAAGAACGGCAGAAGCUAAUAAUAAUCUAUUUAAAAAAUUGGUCGACUUAUUAAUAGAUUUUCCUAAAUUGUUGAUAGCAGCUGUUAAUGGAAAAGCAUUUGGAUUUGGAGUUACAUUUUUACCCCAUUGUGAUGUAGUAUAUUCGAUACCAGAAGCAACUUUUCAAACUCCAUUUAUGCAAUGGGCAUUCUGUGCCGAAGGAUGUUCUUCAUAUUUAUUCCCGAAAUAUUUGGGACAAUCAAUUGCUAGCGAAUUGUUGUUAAUGAAUAAGACAUACACAGCACCAGAAUUAGUUAAAAUAGGAUUCAUCAGCCGUUUAAUACCGGAAGAUCAAUUGAUUCAAGAAACAUUAAAAGAAGCAACACGAGUAACAAAGUUUUCUUUUGAAGCCAUAAUAAAAUCAAAAGAAUUAAUACGUAAAGAUGAAAGAGAAUAUUUACAUAAAAUUAAUAAACGUGAAAAUGAUCUAUUAUUAUUAAGAAUAUUAUCUGAAGAUUCUCACCGGGCUUUAUUAGAAUUCAUGAGUAAAUAA